CCGUUAGUUCAAAUCUCUUCUGGGUGCUUUUUGUUGUCCUUGACUUUUAUCUUCCUGUUGUCUUCCUGCUCCCUCCUUUCUCUGGCCCAUAUCUACGUUUGCUUUUACAGAUUGUGCAAAGCCGCCUCUCUGAUUAAGCCUUAGAUUCACAUGUAGAUACCCGUGCUGGAAAGUCUGGAGCUGCUGGGCAGCGUCCACCUCACCUGUCAUCUGGUCCUUGCCCGCUGUAACCUUGGGAGGGUUCAAAUGGACGCCCCAUAGCAUAGUGUGAGGCUUAUGAAUCCGAUUGCUGUUGUAUGCAAAUAAGCCUCUCGAGCUUGAACUUGAAGUCUCCCCGUGCCCAUUGGAUUCUAUUGAAACGAUGGCAACAGAGACAGCCUCCCAAGUUUCGGUUGCAAGCGUGUUCCCCACACCCUCUACGUCUUCUCGAAGGGGUUCCUCAACGCAUCGCCGAGGAGAUUCCUCACCCGGUGCAUCGUCAUCAACCCCCUCUCCAUCAAACCAGGACUUUUUCCUCGAUGGACGCUGUGACUACCAAGAUACCGCAUACGAGGGCACCUUAUCACCACUAGAUCCCCGGAGGUUUACCCCAACGUUACAUGCUUCACUUGUCUCGGAAAUCUUGGCUCUACGGAGGGAUGUGGAAAGUAAAACAAAAACUAUUGAUGUCUUGGAGCGAAGCCUGGAUGAGUCACGAACAGAGGCCGAGGAUCUCAGUGAGCGAUUAUGUCAUAGCACCAAGGAGACCCGGUCGCUCAAACAUCAGUUACAGCUGCUGGAAGGCGGCACCUCCUCAGCUCUCAUCGAGCUCGCAAAGGAGAGGGAUGAAGCACUAGAGAAUAUCUCAGAUAUCCGGAAGAAACUGGAUCAAGCUCAAAAAAAAGCCCGCAGUCGGGAAGAGGAGGUUAAUAAGACGUUGGAACUUUGGAACAGCGAUAAGGAAUCCUGGGAAGGCGUGCGCAGGAAUCUGGAACGUAAAGUUCAUGUCGUUGAAGGCCGUCUCAAGAUGGUCUUGAACGAGGUGGCAGCAGUCCAAGCAGCUGGAAAUUUCCAUCAGGCGCCGACCCCCGAUGACGCUGGCUUGUCCAAGGAGGAGACCACGGGGAAAGACAGUGAUACUGCGAGUAUCCACUCGAGCAGUCAGGGAAGACGGCGGACCAGUGUCACAAGCGUGAGUACUGAUGGAAGCGAUUUCCAUAGCCUCCGGUAUUCCGUGCCGAGUGCGGUUAAUAUACCCGGUGCGAAGCCCGACGGUAUAAACCUUGCACAAGAAUUGGCAUUCGACGAGGAAGACGAGUUUGAUCUGCCGGACGAUGAUUUUACUCCCUAUUCACCUGAGGCACUCCCAGAGGAACGUCCAACGUCCGUUCACUCCCAAUUGUCCCACACAAUGGAGAUGGGGGCCAAGGCAAGGAAAAUUCUGGGCCUCUCUCUACAUAGCGUUGAAGGUUACGCAUUCAAGUCAGAGCCUAACAGCCCCUGGAAGCCACCAACAGCAACAACAACUGCAAGCUAUUGCUACCAAGAUGCAGGGAUACAAUAUUCUCCCCCUCCAACCCCAAAGAUGCAGCAGGAGACUAGUACUAUAGGCUUUGACAAGGAUGCUGAAAGUUUUAAUGACUCUAUCACAUACCAGACAAAAGACAGCAGCACGGGGACGGACUCAACCGAUAUGGUAUCAGCAUCUUCCCAAACUGCCGGUGAUUUGCCCACUCCCCCAUGGACCCCUAGGCUCGGCGAAUCACGACCGCCGUUGACGACCCGUGAGCAGAAUGCCAUGGUUUCUACAUCCGUCCAAACAGAGCAGCCCCAAGCUACUGAGGCGCAUGAAAUACGUGUAAGCCUAUCUUCGGAUGGUCCAGGGUCCCUGGAUAUUGAGGUCCCGAUGAUUGCAAUUCAUCCGCCAUGCUCCGAGCCAUCCUCGCCUCGAGGAAGUGUGGUUCUACCGCCGCAGACUAAGAGCGCUUCCUGUCAGACUGAGUUCAGGGUAACUCUUGAUAGCCGAACGGUUGGUAUACAGACAGAAGAGAUACGAAUUGAUCAACGUCCUGUUAAGUUGCCAGCGAGCUUACUGCCAUCAGCCAUCCCGGAUUUGCCCCUUCGUACCGACCUUCAGGAUCCCCCGAUACAGCCGUACCACGCUCCACACUCAAGAGUUAAACAAGAGGAAAUACCAGUACCGCCACCUAUCCCAGCCAAGGCACCCGCACGAAGCAAGCCUCGCGAGCAUGUACAAGCUUAUCCUGGUAAUAAUGACAACGGACCCUUGUCCGAAGAGUCAACGACAGACUUACGACGGCCCUUGAGAUCAAGUAGUCUCUUUGCCGGAUUUGACCAGCCAAGUGAUGAGGAAUUAUCUCCUAAGAUGAAGGAUAUCUUCACUGAUGAUGAGCUGCUUAAUCGACCGUUUGCUUCAUAUACACUGAGGAGAGGCAAAUUAGUCUCGACCCAGGGCCGUCCUAGCUUAGAUGAGACGACCACAGAAAUCGAUGAGCAUAUAUUGGAUGCGGAAGCUCAUCUGUAUAAUGCGACGGUUGAACUUGAUAUGAAAAACCCUAGCGGACUUGCUCGUAUAAGCCAACGCACUGGGGUAAUGCCCUCGGCGACACUCCAGCAAGAUAUACGGAGAGCGGCGAUGGUUUCUAACGGGGCAGCCGCACAUCAGAGAAUACGCAGCCCUAGCGAGCUGAGUCUCGACGGUAGUGCAGCUCCCCCUUUUCCCGUGCCAAUUCGUCUCAGUUCACGUAAAAUUUCAGCCAAGCGCGGCGGCGAGAGUCCUACCCCUUCGAACCCUCGAAACUUCUCUGACCGCGGUCGGCCAUCAAUCAUUCGACAGCCCACCUUGCGGCGAGUCCGGUCUGCAGCUGCAAUGUCUCAAACAGAACCUGACCGGCCUGGAACUCGGUCCUCUCCCACUAUGUCAACUUCUUCGUAUGCGGCGGACAGUCCUCAGUACCCACCCCUUCCAUUUGACGAUAUUACUACUCCACGACGAGAUAGGCGAGCAAGCCAAGGGCGAUCCGGUCAUCGUGCCUACCCUUCAAGCGUGUUCACCCACCGGCGAGAUGAGUCCACAGCGACAUCAGUUCAGCCAACUAGUGUCGUUGAUGCCAUUGCUCAGACGAUGGUCGGGGAAUGGAUGCUCAAGUACGUUCGUCGGAGGAGAUCCUUCGGAGUUGGCGAAUCCAAAGACAACUGGGAUGGUCGGAAUGCAGAAGAUAUGUCCGCAAAUAUUGCCAACAGCGGAGCAAGGCACAAACGAUGGGUCUGGCUCGCCCCGUAUGAGCGAGCAGUUAUGUGGAGUAGCAAACAGCCAACAAGUGGACCAGCGCUACUGGGCAAAAGUGGCAGAAAACUGAUGAUCCAGUCCGUCCUUGAUGUUAAGGAUGAUAACCCAUUGCCUAGAGGGUUUGACCCACAAAACCCAUUUAACCGUUCUAUCCUAAUCCUUACCCCUGAGCGAGCUUUGAAGUUCACCGCUACCAGCAUCGAACGACAUUAUGUCUGGCUAACUGCGCUGUCGUUUUUGAGCCAUUCCUCCAUGGGCCUCCAUGAUCUAGCUGCCCUACCUCCUAUACCGCGAGAGGAAUUUGCAUCGUCUGCGCCGACGGCGACUUUGCGUCGCAACCCAAUCCGCGACUCUAUUAGGAUCGCGAAAGGCCGGCCAAGGCCACGACCAAGAGGCAGACGAGCAUUCAAACACCCUGAGCCUGUCCCAGAGCUCCCGGCGGAGGUAGAUAUGGCAGAUGCGGCUGACCCGCCCACAAUCCCCCGGUUCUCAAACCACUCGCGCAAGCGCAGCAAUACUACCCCCCGGAUUCCGAUGAUCCGUAGCUUUUCUAGUCAGGGCGCCAUGCCAUCGAUGCCUUCAGCACAAGUCCCCCUUGAUGCAUAUGCUCCGGCAACUAUCAAUAGCGGUGGAAGCAGCGUUAGUGGGCGUGCCUCCGAGACCAGUAUAAGAACUGGCAAUUACUUCGAUGCCAUUGGUACUGUCCGGAUGGAGGCAUUCAUUGAUCAAACUGAGUCUAACCAGUAUGGUGCGAUACAUACACGGCAUGGGCGGGAACCUUCAAGCCCGUGGAGCUUGGGGAGCCAGCGGUUUGAUGACCUUGAUCACCCAAGGUAUGGUGGUAGUGAAUCUUUUCGCCAUGACGACCCUUUUAGAGGAUUCUAACUUAGGGAUAUACAUACUCUGAUAUAAAAUGAAACCCCCCUGAUCUGUGGACUAGUACUGUGUAUUCUGGUGUUUAGGUGCAGAAGUGUCUACCGCCAUUCAUAUUCGCGCAUUGAUACCACCGUUAUUACUUCUGGAAGGCACUUUGCUUUGGGACUAGGAGUUGGGACUAUUUCAAGUCAUCGGAGUUUAUUAUAGGAAACC